ACCACCCACUUAUUCAGUUUGGCAAGACUGCACUUGUUUCAGAAGUGCUAGACACGAAUAGCAGAGGGAACUUUAUCAAAAUGAGUCCGAGUUUUGUCCUUGUUUUUCUGAUCUUCAUUUGCUUCUCUGACUCAGGAGCAAAACCUUACAGAACUCCUGCCUGUUACAAAUACCCACUCGAGGGAUGCCCUUUUAUUUUCUCACCAGUUUGUGGCACAGAUGGCAACAGCUAUGCAAAUGAAUGUGUUCUGUGCCACACAAUAAGAAAAACCAAGAAGAUGAUCCAGAUUGUCAAAGCCAGACAGUGCUGAGCAAGUUCUCUUUCUCCUCAACUUACUGAUGUACAAAAACUAGAUUGUUGGUCAGACGCUAGAGGGAAUCUGUAUUUCUCAAUAGUACAACUGGUUUUAUUUCCUAUUUUGACAAUUUGAGCACUCUCCUUUUCUUUGUAUUUAGCAGUCAGGUACCGCAAUCUUGAUUUUGAGAUAAAAGGCCUUCUUUUUAGGGCUGUUUUAAGGAAUUGUUGUUAUUGAAGAGCAUUCAUAAACAUUUUCUUAAGUUAAACAGUUCUUUUGAAAAAUGAGAAUUAACUUCUAAACCAUUCGAAAACAGUUCGGAUGUUUCUUUAACUGCUAACUUGAUUAAUUAAAAUAGGUUUUUAAAAAGCAGUCCUUAUGUUUUGUGAAUACAUUAUAGUUACAAAUCUGACUUAUACUGUUUGUUUUAAGUAGCUCAGGUUGUUUUUAAUUCAAAAUGGUGCCUGAGUAUAAAAUAUUUAAACAAUGGUACAACAUGUGACUUUAUAUCCAGGUUAGACUGAAAAAUCUUUUCCUGCAACCAUAAUACAC